AUGAGCCCAACAGUCACAUUGCUAUUUGCCAUUGGUCUGUGUCUGGAUGGUGUGAUUAGGGCACAGAUGGGAACUCUUAUCAGGCCUGCCCUAUCAGCUGUCCCAAGUCGUCUGGUCUACUCUGGAGAAAAUGUGAUCCUCAGAUGCCAGGGCCAAGAGGGCAGUGACAGAUUCCAGCUAUGGAAGGAUGGAGAGCUCAUAGAGGAAAGAAAUGCAUUCCAGGGGCUGGCGCAGUUCAUGCUCAAGUAUAUGGAUGAAAUGAUUAUUAAAGGAAGAUAUAGCUGCCGCUACAGGCUGGGAACUUCAUGGUCAGAGCCCAGUAAACCCCUGUUCCUGGUGCUGGAUGGACUAUUUCCUAAACCCACUCUGUGGGCCCAGACUGGCCCAGUGGUGGCCCUAGGGACCAACAUCACUCUGUGGUGCUCAAAACCCAAGUUGUCUUCUGUUAAAGAAUGGACAUUCACUCUAUGGAAAGAUGGAAUGCAACUGCCCUUACAGAAGCAGCUCUCAGCAGACUUCCUGAUUGGCUUCCUCCUCUCUUCUGUGAGCCCCAAAGAUACUGGGAGGUACAGGUGUGCUUAUAUGGAACAGGAUGCCUCUAAUAGAGGAUCAGAGAUGAGCGAUGCCCUGGAGUUGCUGGUGCCAGAUUCAUUCCCCAAGGCUUCCCUCUCAGUCCAGCCUAGCCCAGAGGUGGUCUCAGGAACCAACGUGACUCUCCUGUGUCACGGCCCCUCUUGGAGUACUGGGUUUCUUCUCUACAAGGAGGGAGAUGACAAAAUACUGCAAGGGACAGAUAUCAUU